AUGGACACUACACCUGCACCAUCUAGAGCCACCACGCUGCCGAACCAAACCCCUAAACGAGCCCGAAGUUCACCUACUCCUAGUCCAGCAGACAUAGGUAAACGCUCUCGUAGAGAGGGCACACCCCUUCUCUUUUCACUUUCAGACUCGUCUUCCCCUUCCACACCAGCUGAAUCUUCACCACGUGAUCCAGGAUCCGCCAACCUUUCUUCCUUCUGUGCGUUUUUGGACCAGCAAACCAACCCUCAGUCUCCAUCCAAGUCGAGACGUGUAUCCAGACCUUCCCCUCCUCGAACCAGAUUCCAGUCCGUUCCCAAUGCUACAAUUCUAACAACUACCAAACCAGUACCAAUCACACCGUCGACGACCAUUAUAUCCGCUACCAAACCGUAUUAUCACCAAACCAAGGACAAAUCAUUAUGGAAACUACCUGCUCUAAAGAAAUCUACCCUAAUAAUUGGAUCAUCUAACCUGAAUCGAAUUACCAAAACCAGUUCAGACACCGAAAUACAUUCUUACCCCGGUGCCCAAAUCCAUCACAUACAGUCAAUCCUGGAAUCAUACGACCAUGAUCCCAAACCUACUACCAUUAUUCUUCAUACUGAAAUAGCAGGUGUUCCACGCAGUAACAUCAUUAAUUACCGAGUUGUGACGAAGGACGGACAAUCUUAUUCAACUCUCAACUGA